AUGGCAUCGGGGGCGUUAGUGAUUUUCCGUUAUCGGGCUGAUUCGACGGGAACGGGAGUUAAGUGUGACGGUGACGAGGACAGACCAGUGUUGAAGAGAACGCGAAUACCGAGGCGCGACGGCGCACCGACACGUACGACGAUACAAAUACCCGGCUACUUAGAGACGAGGGAAAUGGGACUAGCCAUUUGGGGCAAACUACCCCUGAGCUGGCUCACGCGACCGAUCUUAUCGUCGGCUCAGCCUGGAUCGCUCGGCGACCGGCUCGACUCUACUAGAUGGACUACUACGGUGGUGCUGGCUACACUUGGCUACGGUGGUGUCCGAGCGUCGGUCCACGGCAUUUGGCCGUUCUUCGAGAGAACAUUUGUGUCCACGCCACAACGAACCCGCGUUCCUUCGUAUCGAUCUGUGAUCACCGUUCACCCUUCCGCCACGCCGUUCGUGACUCAGUGUGACACGUGUGUUUAUCUCGGGGAUAACGUGGUCGCAUCGCACACAAGAUUGACGAAUGACGCCGUAGCAGAGAGCUGGUUGGUGCGCGGAUACCGGGACGCAAGAGGGGACGGCACCUUUCGCACCGCCACGGCAACGUACAACACGUAUAGGAGAAUUGCGGCCACGAAAAUCGAGACGAGGGAGCGAGGGGCACUUAGCCCUUUGGCGAGCUCGAAGGAUGCAGCUCCCAGGCGGGAGCACGAGGAUUCCGCCCGCGAGAGCACCGGCUUCCCUUUUGGUAAUCAUCAACGGCAACAACAUCGCAACAACCAUCGGGAACAAACGCAUCAGUAGCAAGUGCAGCAGAAGCGGUGGUCCCGAUCACAACAAUCACCGUAGCAGAA